GCUAUGGACAGUUGACGUCUUAACGGCGCUGAGCAGACCCGUCAUCAGCAUCAUUAACGGUUGUUGUUUGUAUUACGUUUGCAUUUGUUCGCUACCUAUAGUGGACAUAUGAAGUGUUCCCAGCGAUGUCAAUCCGAUGGUUUAAACCAAUCGACCGACUCCCUCACGUUUGUUUACUGCACGAUUCGCAUUAAGAAUCGACGGUGUGAUCACCCAACUAUUCAACAGUCAGCAUAUAGGAACAUCCAGAGACGGCAAGAAGCAGAGGCAGAUUGGAAUAGGCUUAUGUCAGUUCUCCAAGGUGAUGUAUAUUCGACAUGGAAAUUCAGUAAGAACACAGCGAAUACAUUGAGAUCAUCAGAAAAGCAGACGGGAAAAGCCAAUAUGCUCACCUUCAAGUUGCAAGGAUCACUCUACAGUCCGUAAGUCCAUGUUCCUCACCUGCACAGAAACCAUCAGUAAGAGGCCACAAUAUGUUCGCUCAAAAGUGCAGUAUGCAGAAUAAAGCAUCUAUCUCAGGCUGUCAGUCAACAUGUCAGCCAAGGAUACCUUGAGAAAGAUCACUUUCACCAGCACAUACCUCAUUAAAUCAGAAUUUUCAGUGUAAUGCGUUCAUGCCCAGGCGUUCGCCCAGUUCAAACAGUGUGAAUAUUGUUCAUCAUUUGAUGCUUGCAAGGGGGUGUUGUAUGGGA